AUGGAUAUCAUUCAUACCAUUGAUAGCAGAAACGAUCAUCGGAAUCCGAAAAGACUGUGGAAUCGGAAGAACGAAACGGAGAAACAUUACAGAUAUGAUGAACCUCUCGCCACUGACCUAUGGAGACUGUGGAUACGGCGCCGUUUUCCGCAUGGCGGCGGAGUAAGCACAAAGCUACGGAGUACGAAUCGUUUAACAAUUCGGGACUUAAACGGCGUCGUUUUGGAGGGCACCGGAAGUUGGAGGAAGUUGGAAACGGUGUCGUUUUGGCGCACGGUUGGGUGUAAAUACGGUGCUGGUGCGCCACAAAUGCGUUAUCGGUAUCAUUCAAGAUGA